AUGUUUCAGAGACAACACAGCAGCAUUCUGGAGCAAUGGAACGUUUGUAACCCAAAGGAGGAGCCCUUGGCCCUCCACCAGUUCCUUAAAUUCGAAAAUACCAGAGCCAUAACACAGCAGUUGCUCUUGGCGCAACAGGCCCUUCAGGAGCGCACCCUGGAGCGUCUGGAGCGCCAUCACUCGGUGCACCCUCCUCGGGCGAUGUCCCCGAGUCGUCGCCCUUCUCCACCGACUAUUGUUCCUCCAUCGUCUGUCUUCCAUUCGCAAGUGUACGGUAUGUCACCACAUCAAAAACACCCAUUUGGUUUCUACAAGAUGCCAAGUGAUCAUCAUCAUCAUCAUCAUCAUCUGAACUCGACGCCACCACCUAACACAAUGGCCAGUAGUCCAUUAAAUAGACUUCAAAAUAUGACCUUCGAUUAUCGUAAACUGAACGCGGCUGGUUUAGCUGCAUUUCCCAACCGAGCUAGCCCCGAUGCAACGAGGCAUCGAAACAUUGAUACCGAACCAUCAGUUGGCCUAAACCUGAGUAUAUCUACAUCAUUAUCAAGUCGCCUUCAGCCACCACCACCACCACCACCACCACCACCACCUCCACCACCGCCACCUACGUCAAUAGGCCACUCGGCCGUGAACCUGGUAGCAUCAGCUAACGCUUUAGCUGCAGCAAACUUAGUAGCCUCCUCACUUCCUGGAUUAAUGUCGACCAGGUUAUCAACUGGUAGUAAAUCCCCAUCAAGUACAGAUCAUUUUCCGGGCAAUAACAAUAGUGAGGAAGAUGAUGAUUGUGAUGAGAACUCUCAUAGAGCAUUGAAUUUAAGUCGUGAAAGCGAUCCAAUGAAGAGUCCAAAACCGCCACGGAUGAUACCUGGCCGUAAGCCUUCUACUCCUCCCAAAAGACAAUGGGGUUCUCCCGGAUUGCCUUUAAAUCUAGGAACGCAAUUCAUUAAUCCAGCAACUGGUAAGAAGCGGGUGCAAUGUAAUGUAUGUCUUAAAACAUUUUGUGACAAAGGUGCUCUUAAAAUCCAUUUUUCCGCGGUUCAUUUAAGAGAGAUGCAUAAAUGUACGGUUGAAGGUUGUAACAUGAUGUUUAGUUCUCGAAGAUCUCGUAACAGACACAGUGCUAAUCCUAACCCAAAGCUGCAUUCUCCCCACUUGAGAAGAAAAAUAUCUCCUCAUGACGGUCGAAGUUCACAAUCCCAUCCCAUACUAAUGCCUCCCCAAGCCGGACUAGGUUUAUCUGCUGCUGCUGCUGCUGCUGCUGCUGCUGCUGCUGCUGCAACUCUUAAUCCAUUAAAUCCAUUUGGUCCUUUUCCGCUUUUGACACCACCCCCAGAAUUAAAAUAUCAUCCACUAGCCGGUAUGGAUUUUAAGCAAACAUUAGAUUUAAGCAUGCAUCGGGGCAUGGAAGAACGCAAGAGUUCGGUAAAGGAUUUUAGUGCUAUGGCAUUAAGUGCAUCACAUUAUCAGCAAUCCGAAGAAGAAGAUGAUGAAGAGGAGGGCAUUGAAGUUGUAGGGGGAGACGAUGAUGACGAUAUUUCCUAUGAAAAACCGCAUUAUUCCGAAAAGGAAGCGAUUCAGGUGGAGCCGGCACCUCAAGAAAUUUUAGUUAUUUCUAAUCGAGCAAGUAUUCAUGUAUCCAAUGAAUUAAUGGAGGCAAAAAAGGAUACUAAAGAAAUUAAUAAAAGUCCUCCUCCUCCUCCUCCUCCUCCCCCUCCACCUCCAGAACCUUCAGUUUCUGAUGAUCAACCCGAGGAUUUUAGCAUGACCUCUAAAAAACAAAAAAUUUCAUCAAUAUCAGACGCAGACGAAGAGGUCGUAAGUAAUGUAGAUAGUAACGAUGAUUCCCUAAGUGUUGUAGAUACUCAUAGCUUAAAAGAUGAACAUGUAAAUGUACCGACGAACAAAAGAAAAAGGAAAAGUCAAAACCCCAUUAAGUGUGCAUUUCCUACAGUGACCGAUGAUCCCGUUAGUGAUGGAGAUUCGUCAAAUGAUGUUUUUUCGGACCGCUUAGCCGAAUCCACCCGCAAAAUAGUGCUAGAGGCUAAAAAUGAAUCAAAUAAAAAGGGAAAAUUUAAAGACUUGUGCGAAAGCUCGCUUAAUCUUGUAAAACGUAAGCCAGACGAAAAUGCCAAUGAACCAGAAAAAAAUGCCAGCCCAGAGAUAAAGACGUCUUUGGCUCCACUUUUCCUCAUAGAUAAAAUAAAAAAAGAAAAGGUAAGCCAAGACUCAGAUGCAGCAGAUGAUCACGAUGACCGACCAGCUAGCUCAGUUGGAAGUAAUAAAAGUGACGAAUCCUUCGACUCAUCAAACGCUCUAAGGCAUUUGGAGAAUCUUUCUCAUGGAAACUUUAGUGAAUGGAUGUCAAAGGGAAUUCAUUUAGGUUUGGCAGCCCCUGGAAAUCAAUUUCCACCUUUGGAAUUUAUGAUGAGUGCAGGGCCUCCGAGUCCAGCUCGAUCUCACAUCUCAUCUGCUGGCAGCAGUAACGACGCCGAAUCAUGCGAUGAAUCUAGUCAAAACCAACUCUUUGGACAUUUUGACAACGGUCAGUUUAUCGCAACUAUGGAUAUUUCUAUAGAUAAAGAUAAUCCAAGGAAAUGUACCGCAUGUGGAAAGGUUUUCCAGAAUCACUUUGGUGUCAAAACGCAUUAUCAAAAUGUACAUUUAAAACUUAUGCACAAAUGUAACGUAGAUGGGUGCAAUGCAGCUUUCCCUUCAAAACGCAGUAGGGAUAGGCAUAGUGCAAAUUUAAACCUGCAUAGGAAACUCUUGUCUACCUCUUCGGAGAAGGGAGAACCUAGCUUAUCACCUUUAGGUAGUUUCGCGACAAAUCCUAUUUUACAAAAUGAUUUUUUAGCUAGAUUAUAUGCAGAUGAGGCAUUUAAAAAUCAAUAUCUGCCUCCUCACAUGGACCAUUUACUGUUUAAUGGUGAUAGAAUUCCACCACCGCCUCUACUCUUACCUCCUCCAUUAGGAGUGUUACCUUUCUCCUUAGGAAAUUUUAGUCAGUUCGGCCAGUUUAAUGGUUCUGCCUUAGGGAAACAACGGUCUUCCAAUUCGAGCUCACCAGAAUCCUCAUCACCUCCUCUCAUUAACUUCCCGCUAAGUUCCUUAAAAUAUGUGCAUUGUGUGGAGGAAGAUCUACCUAGUCCUGACAAAGAUGGAAAUCUUCCUUGUAGGUUUUGUCGAGAUUCUUUUAACAAUCCUGCGCAGUUAAAAGAACAUUGCGAAAAAGAACAUUUAUCUGAAAUGUUCAAAUGUAGCGUCAAUGGCUGUCCAAAGGUGUUUGUGUCUCGAACGCGACGAAACAUCCAUUCUGCGAAUGAGUCCUUACACUCCCAUCUCAAUAAAAAAGAAACAGACGUCUCGUGACGUAAGGAGCAUAAUAACACCGGAAUGCCAAGAAAUAUACCUCUUUGGUGGUGAUCAACUGUCAUCGCAAUUAAAUAAUUAUGAAAUGUGAUCUUAAAAGUAAAUAAUUUAGAAUUAGUAAAUAUUUAGUUAGUAAGUGAUAAUCAUCAAAAAUAAGAAGCUCUAGUUUUGUUUUUAAAGAAGAAAAACUAAUAUCGGGUAAUGGAAUGGGUAUGACAAAAUGUUGUCUUUGAUGUGCAUACAUCGUGUUUGGUUGAUUAAGAUUGUCGCGAUGUAGGGAAUGUCUUAUCCAUCAUUUUAUUUUUUUAAGAAUUAUUUCAAUAUUUUAAUUAACAUUUUUUUAUUCUAUCAAUCUAUCAACUUGUGUUGCUUGCAUGGCCAGUAAUAUAGUUUUUUUGAAAUAUAGAUAUUGAUAUAUACCAAAGUUUCAAAGUCUUGAAACAGCAGAAUAUAUAUUUGCUAAAAAAAAUAUCAUUGUACUUUUACCUAAUGAAAUAAUAUAAUAUAGUUUAAUCAAUAUAUUAUUUGCAAGCAAAAAAUAAGUUGAUAAUUGUUUUUAUUUUCUGGUCAUACCCAAAGUACCGAAUUAAUAUUCUUUCCUUUUAUUGUUGUGAUUCUAGAAUGAUAAAUUUUUUAUUUCUAAUUAUAUAAAUCUACUUUUAGUUAUUAAUCUCUGUAAGCCAGUUGAUUGUUAUAUUAAUUUAUUAUGUACAAAUAUAAAAAUAAGAAACGAAUAAGAAUAAAA